CCACAGAACGAGUUCUGAGUGUGGUCUGACUGGUUGCAGCGCGUUUUCUUCUGUAGGAAAUUCGCUGCAAACCAUCAACCAUCAUGUCGAUCUCAACCAAAGAGAGUAUUCUUUUACUCUUUGAAAGGCCCUACGAGCCUAUUUAUUUUCCAAAAGGUCCAAAUGGUAUUGUGCUGCGUCCUCCGCCUGAACUGUUGAGCAACCGCGAGCGCGAGAUGGUGGACAGCCUGCCGAGCCGCUUCGGCCCGCCGACCACCACCGUGGCCGUGGCCGGGCUGCCGGCCGAGCCCUCCACGCCCGUGUCGCUGGUGCCGCCGGCCCCGGGCGAGCCGCCCCUGCCCGACGCCAUCUUGAACGCGCGCGAGCUGCCGCGGCUCGCCAACUUCUCCGUCUUCGUCCCGUGGCACCGCCGCCUCGCCGGGGGCCUCAUCGAGCUCUUCAUGGCCGCCGGGGACGAGGAGGAGCUGCGCUCGCUGGCGGUGGCGGUGCACGGGCUGUGCAACCCGCAGCUGUUCGUGUACGCGCUGUCGGUGGCGCUGCUGCACCGGCCCGACAUGCGCGACCUGGCGCUGCCUUCCUUCGUCUCCACCAUGCCCGGCCGCUUCCUCGCCAGCGACGCCAUCAGGAGGGCAGAGAGCUUCAUAAGAAAAGGAAAAAAAGUGACUGCAUCGUGCAUCGGUCAUUGGUGGCAGGAAGUGGUGCUGAUCCCGCGCAACUGGACGGCGAACGACGAGGAGCCCGAGCAUCGCCUGGCCUACUGGAGGGAAGACGUGGGCAUCAACGUGCAUCACUGGCACUGGCAUCUCGUCUACCCGUCGCAGGCUCCGCGCGCCAUUGUGCAGAAGGACCGACGCGGAGAGAUGUUCUACUACAUGCACCAGCAGAUCAUCGCCAGGUACAACUUUGAGCGGUUCUCCGUGGGCCUGGGUCGCGUGAGGCGGCUGAGCAGCUUCCGAGAGCCGCUCCGGGAGGGCUACUACGCCAAGCUCACCCCCAACGUCGCGCGGGACUUGGGAUACGCCGGGCGCCCUGACAACGCUACUAUCAGCAACGUCAGUAGGGAACUAGAAAGAGUCUUUUUGGACAUCAGUGAUCUGGAACGAUGGGAAACUCGCAUUUUUGAUGCGAUUCACUCUGGAGAAUACAUAAAUGCUAGAGGGGAACGAACAUCAUUGACUGAAGAAACUGGCAUUGACAUAUUGGGUGACAUCGUGGAAGCAAGCGUUCUGACUCCCAAUCCAAAUAUCUAUGGAGAUCUCCACAAUAUGUUGCAUUUCUUCAUUGGAACCUGCCACGAUCCCACUGGGAAACAUCAGGAGCAAAUUCAGGCCGUAACUGAACCGGCGACGGCCAUGCGGGAUCCUGUGUUCUAUUUGAUGCAUGCCUACAUCGAUGACAUCUUCCGGGAGUACAAGAAUACUUUGCAACCCUACUCAGAGGCGCAGUUGGGUCUGCCAGGGGUGGCGCUGACGGCGAUGUCGGUGCAGACGUCGACGGUGCCCGGCGAGCAGGCGCCCCCUGCCCCGGGCGUGCUGCGCACCUUCCUGCAGGAAAGCGACAUCGAGCUGUCGCGCGGCCUGGACUUCGCGCCCCGCGGCCCCACCCUGGUGCGCGUGCAGCACCUGCAGAACGCGCCCUUCGACUACACCUUCAGCGUGCAAAACGCGACGGGCGCCGCGAAGCGCGUGACGGUGCGCGUGUUCCUGGCGCCGCAGACAGACGAGCGCGGCAUCCCGCUGCGCUUCGCAGACCACAGGAACUACUUCGUCGAGGUGGACAAGUUUGUGGCCACAGUGGCGCCUGGCGCGUCGGAGCUGAAGCGGUCGUCGGCGCAGUCGUCCAUCACCAUCCCGUGGGAGCAGACGUUCCGCGACGUGGACACCAACCGCCCGCCCGACAACACGCCCGAGCAGCAGGACUUCAGCUUCUGCAGCUGCGGAUGGCCGCAGCACAUGCUGCUGCCGCGCGGCAACGCCGAGGGCCUGCCCUGCGUGCUCUUCGCCAUGCUCACCGACUACGAGCUGGACAAGGUAGAUGAUGAAAGUACUGCCAUGAAGAGUAAGGAACCGACAAAAAGUGGUCGAAAAACUAAGGGCCGGGUUAGGUUCAGAUCUACUUGUGAGGUGGAAGGGUCGGAGUCGCAGGAGGGCGGGCGGUGCAAGGCGGCCGUGAGCUUCUGCGGCCUCCGCGACAAGCGCUUCCCGGACCGCCGCCCCAUGGGCUUCCCCUUCGACCGGCUGCCGCGCAACGCCGACCACUACCUGCGCCAGUUCAUGGCCGCCCUGGACAACAUGCGCGCCGUCGACGUCACGGUGCAGUUCACGAACCGCGUGCUCCUGCGCCGGUUGGACGGCGCCGCCGAGGCCACGCCUGUCACCUCCUAAGGUCCUUGGAAGCUGCCUGCCAGGUUGGAUGAGUCGUCUCAGAUGUGUUGAAAAGAUGGAAAUGGAAAACUGGAGAACCGGAUUUAUUCGAAUCCCGAUUAAACCAUUCUCAUUUAUAUGAAUCUCAAUUAUCCGAAUCUCAAUUAUCCGAAUUUUAAUUAUCCGAUCCAAAUAUUUAACCGAAUUCUAAUAAUUAAUCGAAUCCUAAAAUUUAACCGUAUCCUAAUAACUUAUCGAACCAUAAUAAAUAACAGAAUCCUAAUAAUUAUGGUAGUACUAAUAAUUAUGUUACAUUUGUUCAAUUUAAUUUCAUGAAUUUUGAGUUUGACAUUUUUUCUGAUAUAUUUUUUCUUCUUUGAAUUUGCGACAUAUUCGGAUCAUCCCAAUCUCCAAUUAAUUCGAAUAAUUAGGGUUUACUGGAGGACCGAAUCAACAACAGUUGAAAAGGUUUCGAAUUAUUGGAGUGGGCUUGAGUCGCCUUGAACUGACUGGAACCAAUUCGUUUGCUUGGAUGAUCUAAACUAGUAGAGGGUUAUCUCAAGAUCCGUUACACGGUUUAUGUACUAUGCCUACUGGCACAGUGUUUUGAAAUGUCAAAAAUUGUAGCUAACAUUGGAUGAAAAUUCGUAUAUUUAUUGUAAACUAUAGAAUAUCAUCAAAUCUUUUCAAAUUUUUUACGUCAUCCCAGUUUGGGAUGCAUAAGUUAUUUAUGUACUGAGCUUAGAACGUUUUAGGAUUAGUAAAAUAUAGACAAAAAUUGCGAGGAUGACUCUAACUGUUCAAGUCAGCUGGUGUUGGCUCGAGACUAUUAGUGUAGAAUCAAUGCAAAAGCAUUUUCAUUCAUUCGAAAUGUGUGUGCUUGAAACUCAAAACGAUUCAUACAUUUAGAUGUUAUUACCCACUUAAACUUACUUCACAAACAAAGUAGUCCUUUCAACAUUAAAAUAGUGAAUUGUUAAAUGAUUCUCAUGAGGCAUUGCAGAUGCAUAUUGUCAAUGAUGUGUUAUUAAAGUACUGAAUCUUAACAUCCCGACUGAAACCUUUAUUAUUGUUAAUUUAACGAACAUUAUAUGUUAACGUAAACGGGUUUAUCUUGUUUAACUUAAAUUUUAUUAUCGAUAGAGUAAGAAUAUUUACUAGUUUAAAUGCUUUUGUUAGAGGCAGGUGAGUUAAUUAGUUGUUAGCACUACCCAAUAAAUUUAGUGUACGAUUUUUAAAUAUACUACUUAAGAAUUUGUGCUCAUUUUGACGUUCUUUACCAACUAAGGUGUAACAAAACUAAUGUGCUGUAAAUUAAAAUUUGUAAAACACUAAAGCACAAUUCAUUAACAUGUCUGUAACUUACUGUAAAAACUUCCAACAUAUUGAGGAACAUUCAUUGAAUUUAAAAUCCCUGAAUGUGUGAAAUACUUCGUAAGUAGACUUUAUUGUAUAUAUUCAUUUAAUUUCAAUAAACUACACAUAUGGCAUUUA